AUGAAUGAGCAGAUCAUUAGUCUUCAAGAAAAUAGUCCCUUCCCUGAUGAAUAUUUGCACUCAGAAAACAUAUUAAAAGCUGAAACAUUUCGCCUCAAACAAGAAAUCGAACAGCAAUACAGUUCAAAAACGCAAGAAAUGGAAAGCAUUAAAAGCAUAGAUUUAUCAGAACAAGUAAAGCUAAGGAACCAACUAAACCUUCUUGUUUCUGAAAAUAGCUCAAGGCAAAAUACGCUUGGGGUUUUAGAAGAAACCAUUAAUCCCUCUCUUUAAAGUAGUAAAAUAAUUUUAAAUAUACAAAUGUAAAUAUUUUUAUAUAUAAUUAAUAGUUCUUAUAGCAAAAUCUCUUUCCUAAAUUUAUUUAAUUUAAGAAAGCUUAUAUUAUUAAGUAUAAAUUUUAUAAAUUAGAUUAGAUUUUUUUUUACAAUAUGCGCGAAUUAUCCUAAAUAAUUUUUUAUAUAUAGUUGAUAUAAAUAUUUUUAUCAAAAUAGAUUACCCCCUUUAAGAGAGAGCAUAACAUUUUCCUCGUUCUUAACGAAGGGGAGUUAGAAAACUAGAAAGAAUUGCAAUUGAAAACGUUACAAAUUCUCAACUCCCAUUGCAAAACAAAGCAAGCGAUCUAUUGAGGCAAGUUUUGGAACAGGAGUCGAAAGUUUCACUUGAAACCAAAAACUCUGAGGCCUUAUCAAAAAUGAGGGCGAAGGAAAGACUUUCUGCAAUGAUUUUGAGUCAAAGGCUGAAAGAGAUGGGCGAUACGCACUCAAGAAUAACUAAACACCAUUCAGCUUUGUUGCAAAAUAAAUUUACAUCAAAAAAUAACUCAAUUAUUGUGCAAUUACAGACUGAUAAAUACCAAGAGGCUGUAGAAAAAUCGAAAACUGACUUUGAAAAUAACUAUAAGAAACUAGGUAUAAUGAAACAGAAUGUUGUAAAUAAAUCUGAAGAUAUAAUCGAAAGAAUGGGCUUUUUCAGCAUCCAGAAAAAAAUAAAUGAAUCUGCGAAGAAGAAUUUAGUGGGUCAGCUGCUUGAAAAUGAAAUUACUUUAAAGCAAUCUCAUAAUGAACUGCAAGAAAUGAAAAAGGCACUUGCAACCUAUUUUUAUCAUUUUAAAAAGAUUGAAGACAUCAUGUGCCGAAAUAAUCAUCAGUGUGACAUUACUCAUGGAAUUGGCCAGCAGGAAAUUGAUGAAAUUAUAUUGUGCUAUAAAGAAUUAAUUUUCAAGGAAACCUCCUUGAGCACUAGGUACCAAGAACUUUCGCUGCUUCAAGCGAUCAAAAAGGACGAGUUUCUGAAUAUCGAUCAAGAGCUCGAUAAUUUAAAACGUGAAAACUCAGGGAUUAUUGAUAGUGCUCCUAAUAGCACUUUUAAUGAAGCUCUCUUUAAGAUUGAAACAGUCCCAAAGAGCAUUAAAGAAUCUUCUCGAUUUUCUGAAAACCUGCUGCUCCUGCUAUAUGUUUUUUUUUCUCAUAUUAUUGAUAAUUAUGUUUAUUUUUUGGAAAGGAUCAAUGACCAAGCUGUUGAAGAGAGCAAACUGCAAAAGCUAACGAGAGAUUUUCGAUCUGCAACUGCAGCAAUUUUAAAAGGAAUCAAGCGAGAAUCAAUAAGAAAAUCACGUCGCAUGGUAACUUUAAUCAAAAAAAAAUUCUUACCAUCCUUGCAAAGAAUGGACUCAAUGAAUUCGAGUGCAAAACUCUUUUUUCACAAGCUGUCAAAGAGCCAGAUUGCUCAGGCAUUUCUUCAAUUUUUCCCUAAUGAUAAAAGACUAUCAUUGCUGUUUUCGAGUUUCGUUGAGGACUGCCAAAUAAUCAGAAUUUUCCUCAACGAAGAAAUGCUGAAAAACUUCUUAUCUGAAAUAUCAAGAGAAGAAAUUGCGAAUAAGCUUCCGCUUAUAAAUACAGAGUCCCAUGAAAUUCUCAAGCAGAGAAUUGUUUUGCUUGGAGAAGAAUUCUCGAGAGUCUUGGAAAACUCAUUAAAAUUAAAAGAAGAAAACAUGAGGUUUGUUAACAGCUGCGACAUUAAGCAUCAAGGCAAAGUUAGAGAAAUAACUAGAAUUUUCGAGAGCAAAAAGCUAGAAAUUAAAAAUAUUGAGAAAGCUGUAGAUAUCACAAACGAUACUGAAAAUGGAAUCUAUCAAAUCGUUGAGAAAUCACCAAGGCAUCAAGUUCAAAAAAACGAAAUGGCGACAUUGGAAGAAGUUUUGAAGCCAAGAAAGCUAAGUUUGCCACAUUUAAUGAUGAAAGAUAUUCCAAAGUUCAAUAUGCACCAUAAAUCCUCAAGUGAUGUUUCUGAUGAAAAAGUAAAAUCUGCUAUCAGAGCUCACACUAUUUUGCAAGAAGUCUUGGCCAUUGAUAAAAAGAUGAUGACUCUUAAGUUCAAAGAAAAAUUGACUCUGAAGAAUCAAGCAAAAUAUGCCAAAUCGCAAAUUAAAAUCCCAAGAAAGUUUUUCCUUAAGGAGAGAAGUUAUAAUAAUGACUCUGCAUCAAAAUUUAUGUCGUUAACCGAUAGGAAACAUUUGAGAUCGCAUUCAGUAGCUGGAUCCACAAGAGCAAGUAAACGAUCAUAUGCUAAAGAUUAUUAA